GCGUGCGCGGCGCCGGGCGCUGCUGGAGGAGGCGGUGGGGCGGCAGCGGGCGCUGCGCAGAGCCGCCAUGACGGGGGGGGCGCUAGAGAGGCACCUGCAGGCCUUGGGGGCAGCGGCCAUAGAGUUGGGGGAGAGCGCCCCCUUCCUGCACCAGGCACUGACGCAGCCCUGGGCCAUGGCCUCCAGCAGCGCCCCACGGCCGCAGCCCCCCCUGCUGCCCCCCGAGCUGCAGCCCAUGGGGGGGGGCUUCGGGCCGCCCCACGAUGACGGCUAUGGGGUCUCCUUCACGGUGACGGCCGACGCUGCCGUUGUGUUCCACAUCUCCUGCAAAGCCUCCAGCCCCAAAACGGACGCCCACCGCUUCGCUGGGCUGAUCCGCACCGCACUGCUGGAACUGGAGGAACUGGGAGAACUGGGGGGAGAGCUGGAGUGAGGGGGGGCAUGGGGACCCCUCCUCCCCCCCCCACAAAAAAAAUAUAAAUAAAGAG